UGGGCAGUAAGUUGCUGACAUCGUAAGAUAAUUGUUUAUUAGGAGGCGGAAUGUCAACGUGUGCACCACAUUCAUACCGAAAUAUAAAUGGUUCCGAAUAUAUAUGGGGAUUCGAAGGAGUUCCGUUCAACUUGGUAGUCAAUAGCGCCAUAUUCGUCAUUUGCAUUGGCCUGUACCUUAUAUUACAAGAAAUAAUCGAUAGAGAAUUUGUCCCCAAAAGAGAUUUCCAGGACUAUGUGGAAAAAACGCGUAAAUCAGGAUUUUGGAAAUUAGUACCUUAUUUUUUAAAAAUCAGGUCUUCUGAGUUUGCGAAAAGAGCAGGUCUUGAUGGCGUCGCGUAUAUAUUGGCCAUGCGUUUUCGUGUUUUCCAGUUAUUUGCACUCACUCCAAUCUUCGUUAUUUGCACUCCAUUGUUUUUUUUCUCUCAAGAAUCAGAGAAUGAAUUUCGACGGAUCACAAUAGCUAAUCUUGGAAUAACAGAUGUUUCAAGAGGAUGGAUAUUAUACACCAUUAUUAUCAUAUGUAUAAUAUUAUAUUUUAUGGUGACUGGAUUAUGCUUAACCGAAGCAUACAUCUGGCCAAGAAAAUUGAAAAUAUGUAAUAGUUGGAAAACAUUACCUUUGAAUAAUGAUAAUAACAAUAAUAGUGGCAGUAGUGAUAAACACCAAAAACCUAAUUCAUCGUUGACUAACGGCAGUAGAGAACAAACUAAUCAAGGGGAACAAAAAACCAUUAAUAUCUCUAAUAGUGAUGACGAUAAUGACGAUGAUUGUGAAUGUGAUCGUAUUAAUGAGAUACCAAAUGUACUCAUGCUAACAGGUGUCCCAACUAGCACUACAGUCAAAUCAUUUGUAAAAAGAAUAACAGAAUUCUUCAAAAUCAAUCAUCCAGAAUUGAAGGUAAAAUGGAUUGAACCAGUUUAUUUAGUUCGAAAUUUGACAGAACUUGAGCAAGCAAAAGCUGAAACAGAGAUUUAUCUACGCGCUUCAGUUGAACAAUUAGAAAUAACUGGCGAGCAACCAACCUAUCAUAAUUUCGGUACUAUUUGUCGAACACUUGCUAAGAGUAAAUCAGACGCCAAUGCAAUUGUAGUGUAUAAUGAACAAUUAGAUGUGCUUGCAACACAAAUCAACACUAUUUAUGCAAUCAGUGGCCUAUCGAACAUUGAACUUUUGAUGAAAGAAAAUCCAGGAAAGAAUCUUACUGAUUUACUCGAUAUACCACAUACAGGAAUUGUUUUUAUCGGUCUAGAAAAUUCAGGACAAGUUCUAAGAUUUCUGUCUUCAUACACAACUUGUCCACUUCAAAUAUUUCCAAUCAACAAUACUAUACAUGUACAAAACUAUUGUAAACAGCAUCGUCCUUGGCGUAAUUUAUACUAUAUCAAGAAACCAAAUCGAUCUAAUCUAUUCAAUCAUGCUUAUUUAGCUCCCCCAUCAUCAGAUUUGUUGUGGCUGAAUAUAACUUCCACAACAUAUCAUGGAUGUGAAUGGUGGUUACGUGUAGUUUGGAUUCGUGUAGUUGUUGUUUUGUUGGCAUUCGUCUUAACAUCACCUGUUUAUAUACUUACUAUUGUAAAUUUUACUGGAUUAUUCGACUGGUUGGGUAGAAUUUCGCGUCCAUUUAUUUUUAAAUGGGUCCCGGCAGCAAUUUUAGCUGGUGUCUCAUUACUUCUAACACGUCUAGUAAUCAUUAGUGAAUAUUGGACGAGACAUAAGACGCGUGGAGGUUUAGAAAGUGUUAUCUACCGAAAUGCUUAUUGCUUCUUACUUAUUACAGUGUUAUUAUUACCUUCUCUUGGAAUAACAGGUUUUCCAGCUCUGUUACAUCAACUUAUAACAACUAAAGUGAAUCAUUCAAAUCCAUUUGCUUUUUAUGUACCAUUUCGAACAGAAUGUAUAUUUUUACCAGACAGUGGUGCAUUGUUCAUCAAUUAUGUAGUAACAUGUGCACUACUUGGAACAGGUCUACGAAUUCUACGUUUGGGUCAUAUUUUUCAAAGUUUGGUUAGAAGACACUUUUACGCUCAUUCUGUGGCAGAAAGAAAAGUUUUCUCUGAACCUCAACCGGAAACAUUCUCAUUUGGAGAAAACUAUGCAUUUCUGUCAGUUGUUCAUACAAUUAUUAUUGCUUACACACCAGUUUGUCCAAUCAUCUACGUCUUUGGUCUGUUGUAUUUUCUAUUUAAAUUUCUUAUCGAUAAGUUUAUGCUUGUAUGGAUUCAUGAGCCGUUGCAAUCAGAUAUACGUGGUUGGACCGAAACCGACAAAAAGAAUUAUCAAUAUAUUUACCAUUUGAAAUGGUUUCUUCAAUCAACCCGAUUUAGUUUAUCUGGAGUUUGUAUGGCAUCUAUCAAUGUGUUUGCUUUUUAUUCACUACGAUGGUCUUCUGUAGAACUACGCCCACUGAUCAUUGCCUAUUUUGUUUUGACUGUGGUUACGGUAGUAAUAUCUGUGAUAUUUUCUGCCCUUGUCAAUUAUCAUUCAUCUUCUCUUAUAUGCCCUGUUUCUGUAUGCAGAAAAUAUUCCGGUCAUUAUCGUAAAUUAAUUGAUUAUAAUCAAAACAAAAUGACCUCCAGCGCAGUUAUAUGCACUUGCCCUAAAUUAUACCUUGAUACCUCUAGAACUGAAAAUGAUUACACAGUUCCUGUUUUACGUAAGUUCAAAUUGUGAGAAAAUUCAUAUCAGAAUACAUGUUAGCAAUCUUAUAAACAGAAAAAAACUAAACUUAUAUUUUGGUUCUGAUUGUUACUUUUUGUAUAUUGAAAUGUAAUUUACCGUUCUACAAC